CAGAAUGUUAGUGUCAUAAAUAUGUGACAUUUCGAAAGCUUAUUAGGCGCAUAUUGUUCGUAAUUCGCUCAAAUAUCGGCUUUGCAAAAUUCAUCGGCCAACCCUUCGCUGGCCAAUUUAAAAAUUGAAACAACUAGAUUUCGGUCUGAGACCACGACCAAAAGACCAACAGAGACGUGAUGUUCAAGAAUACCUUUCAGUCGGGAUUCCUAUCGAUUUUGUACAGCAUCGGCUCGAAGCCGUUGCAGCUCUGGGACAAGAAGGUGCGGAAUGGACACAUCAAGCGGAUAACUGACAACGAUAUCCAGAGUCUAGUUCUGGAAAUAGUUGGCACCAACGUGAGCACCACAUUCAUAUCGUGCCCCCUCGAUCCAAAGAUGACUCUAGGCAUCAAGCUGCCCUUCCUGGUCAUGAUCAUAAAGAACAUGAAGAGGUACUUUACGUUCGAGGUGCAGGUUCUAGAUGACAAGAAUGUGCGUCGACGGUUCCGUGCCAGCAACUAUCAGUCGACCACACGCGUGAAGCCCUUCAUAUGCACCAUGCCCAUGCGUCUGGAUGAGGGCUGGAAUCAGAUUCAGUUCAACUUGUCCGACUUCACCCGACGCGCCUACGGCACCAAGUAUGUGGAGACCCUGCGUGUUCAGAUACACGCCAAUUGCCGCAUUCGACGUGUCUACUUCUCGGACCGGCUGUAUGCGGAGGACGAGCUGCCGUCCGAGUUCAAAUUGUUUCUGCCCAUGCAGAAGUCCAUUCAGAAGCUGAAUGCCCUUUGCCACCCGGAACCGCAGCCACCCCAGCCACCGCAGCCACCGCACCCAGCACAGCUACCCCAGCCACAAUAAAUUCUAGUAGGACCGGAGUCGUCGUGUCUGCAUUCGAAAAGAAUCAUCAUCAUGUAGCCUGUGAUCCUGUGAAUACAAUCCAAUUGAUUUCAGAUACUGAAUAUAUAUACUUGUAUAUAUAUACUCGUAUUAAUAUAUUUGAUUGCAUCAGCCGA